AUUGACCCGAACACCGUUCCCAUCUACCCUAUAAAACCUCUUCUCAAUGUGAUCACACCCAACCAAGCCAAAACCCAUUUAUUACGUGCUACAACCCCCGUGAGUAGUUGAUCAUCGAUCUUGCUCCCGCUCUCUCUAGGGUUUGGCCUACCAAAACAGAUCAAAAGAAACAACAAAAUUUGAUUAUAAACACUACUUACGUACCCCCCUUAGUUUCUUUUCGAUUGUAAGAACAAAGUGUUUUAAAACUAUUUUUUGAAUAUAUCUCUUAUACUCUGAAUAUAUAUAUAUCGAAAUGGGAAACAGUUUAGGAGCCAAGAAAACUGCAAAAGUGAUGAGAAUAAGUGGCGAAGAGUUCAAGGUAAAGGCCGGAGUUGAAGCUGGGCAGAUAGUAAAAGACUAUCCCGGCCAUGUUUUGCUCGAGUCUGAGGCUGUCAAGCAUUACGGGGUUCGAGCCAAGCCUCUGGACCCCAACCACGAGCUCAAGGCCAGGAGACUCUACUUCCUCGUCGAGCUACCGAAGGUGACCAUAACAGAGACACGUAAUAAUGUUAAAGUUCCCAGAAGGGUUCAGUCGGGGAUUAACAUGAGCGCCAAAGAUCGGCUCGAGAAUUUGAUGCUGUCGAGGAGGUCGGUUUCGGACUUGACAAUGAUGAAACCGAUGAGCAUUACGCCGGCAGAUUCGCCGGAAAACGGGACGCCGAUGAGGGUGACGAUGAGGCUUCGUAAGAGUGAAGUGGAGAAGCUCAUGCAGGAAAGCAAAGAUCGGGCUGAGGCGGCUGAGAAGAUUGUUGGUCUUUGUAUGGUCAAAAACAGUACUGGUAGUAAUAACAAUAAUAACAAUGACAACAAUAAUUGUUAUAAUAACAAUGUUAAUGGUGAAAAUGGAGGCCGUAAAAGAAGAGGAGGGAUUCGAGAUGGUGCCAAUAAGCCCAAUCAGAAGCGAGUGAGUUUCUGUCCAAUAAGUGAAGGAGAGAUUCAAAUUGCCGUGGCUUAACAAAGGCAAGUGAUCAUCAAGGCUAGCUCUUAAAUAUUACUGGAGUCCAAGACAAUAUUCAGUACUAGUAGUAGUGGCUUAUAUUCGAAGUCUAUGCUUUCGUAGAUUUUUUUUCUUCACUAACCAAAUGCUUUAUUGGGAUGUGACUUUUGUAAAUUAUAAAAUGAUCAAAAGAUUGUAAUAGAUAUAGCUAUAGAACCAUAUAUAUAUCCUUUUAGUCACGGGGACAUAUAUAUAUAUAUAUAUAUGUAGUUUAUAUAUGCAUGAUGAUGAGCCUGAUGAAAGUGCGCAGCUAUAUAUAAGUAGACCUUUUCACCCUA